UGCUCGUUCUGCAGCUGAACGGUAGUAUUUCUCCUGUGCAGUAGGUGGCAGUCGGAUGUUUCCAGCUACCUUCCACAUUUGCAGGAGAAAGGCGAACUCCAUGCAACGGGUAAAGCUAGCCUUUUCAGUGGUUUGUCUUUGCUGCUGAAUUGCAGAGAUAAAACAUACAAAAUGACCAAGCUGCAGCUGCUGCACCGCGCGCUGAACGAGCGUCUGAUGGCGGCGGUGGAGCAGAUCAUGGAGAUGGUCGGCGAUACGGUGCUGGAGUAUGAAGAAGAGACGAUCCGGGCACGGAAAGAAAACGAGGUCCUGAGACGGAGGCUCCGGUGGAUGGAGGGGGCAAACCGAGCGGACUGGCCAGGCCCAUCAGAACCUGUUACGCUUUCCACAAUGGACGAAGCCAAUCCAUCACGGCAAGAUGAGUGUGCCGUCAACUUUGCAUUUGGACAGGAAUCAGAAGCUCUUGAAAUCAAAACAGAGUCAACUGAUCUCCCAUUGUGCAUUAGACCUGAAAGCAGCGUCACCACGUUUCCUCCAAGCAUUGAUCAGGGAUCUGACAAUGCCGGGACAGGUGCUGGUAUUGCCUAUGGCCUGACGGACACUAUGACCUGGGACUCUGGCCAAAGUUACAUGGCCCCUCUGGACUUUGAUCCAACUUCAGGUCCCUCCAGGGUCCGGCGCUGGAGAGGACGGAACAGAAGGCAGAGGAUGUCCUUUGCCUGUCCAGACUGUGGUAAAGUGUUUGGAAGCAAACAGAGGCUGAUGGUUCAUAUGCGCAUUCAUUCCACUGAGAGGCCUUAUGCAUACCGCCGGCGCAAGGCGUGCUUCUACGGUGACAAUAAGAAAAAGAGGAAACUGCACAGGCUCUCUCAGCUGUCAAGAGAAAUUGUGGAUGAUCUGUCAGAUGGCUCUGAGCAGACGAACAGGAGUAGUGCAUCGCCUGAACAACUAGAAACCACUGCACCAGGCCAAGAAGAAGAGCCUGAGAGUGACCACACCAGCUGUGGUAAAGAACCAGAAAAGAGAAUUACCAUCCCUGUGCGGAAUCAGCAUGAAAAAAAAAGAGUUGUAAACCAGAUGUGUCAGUGCCCUCAUUGCCCUCAUCGGGUGUUCGCUCGGCCCUGUCAGUUAGCCAUGCACAUGAAGACCCACACGGUCACAGCUCUUGUCAACCUACCCACCCAAGCACAGUCAGGAACUCGGGAGAUAGUGGAUGUGAAGAGGAAGUUACCCAAGAGGCAAAGAAAAAAUGAUGUGGAGAAGGAGGCCAAAGUUGCUGACAAACCUGAGUUCCAUUGUCCAGACUGUGACAAAGUCUUCUUAUAUGCAAGUCGGUUGCAUUUCCACAUGAAGUCCCAUAAGUCCAAAAAGGCUUUAUUACGCAAAACUCAGCCAGUCAAGACUGAGGUGACUAAAGAAGAAACAACAGUGGCCCUGCCUAAAACUACAGAAGUACAGAAUUUGAAGGAGCUAAAGAAAACAUAUGCAUGCCCGCAUUGUGAUAAAGUGUUUACUCGUGAAGGAUGGCUGGUGCCACACAUUCGCUCUCAACACCAGGAAGUAAAGAACAGGAGUGAUUACGUUAACGUGUUUGGCAGUGGACGUACAAGAUCACAACAGCCUUUCACCAUGCAAUUUCGUAAGCGCACAACUAAGAAGCGGGGGGAAGUCACUAAGAAGCUGAGACUGGAGAACCGGAAAACUAAAAAAUCGAGAAGGGUCAAGGCUAAACCACGUCAAACAAGUGAUGAGCCCACCCUGGUUGUUGAUGUGUCCACAAUCACAAAUGAUGAGGCUGAACAAAGUGCAGAUCCUUUGAAAAUGGGCACAGAUGAGGCACAAAAAAGUGCAGAUCUUUUGAAAACGGGCACAGAUAAGGCACAAAAAAGUGCAGAUUGUCUUAAAAUGGGCACAGAUGAGGUACAACAAUGCAAAGAACUUUUGAAAACGGGCACAGAUGAGGCUGAACAAAGUGCAGAUCUUCCUAAAACAGGCACAGAUGAGGCACAACAAAGUGCAGAUCUUCCUAAAACAGGCACAGAUGAGGCACAACAAAGUGCAGAUCUUCCUAAAACAGGCACAGAUGAGGCACAACAAAGUGCAGAUCUUCCUAAAACAGGCACAGAUGAGGCACAACAAAGUGCAGAUCUUCCUAAAACAGGCACAGAUGAGGCACAACAAAGUGCAGAUCUUCCUAAAACAGGCACAGAUGAGGCACAACAAAGUGCAGAUCUUCCUAAAACAUGCACAGAUGAGGCACAACAAAGUGCAGAUCUUCCUAAAACAUGCACAGAUGAGGCUGAACAAAGUGCAGAACUUCCUAAAACGGGCACAGAUGAGGCACAACAAAGUGCAGAACUUCCUAAAACGGGCACAGAUGAGGCACAACAAAGUGCAGAUCUUCCUAAAACGGGCACAGAUGAGGCACAACAAAGUGCAGAUCUUCCUAAAACGGGCACGGAUGAGUCAGAGAGCCCUUCUGAGCAAUCAAAGGACUCCUCAGGCUCUGACCGUGGAACAUCAAGCACUAAAAAUCUGAAGAGGAUGUUUCCAUGCAAAACAUGUGGCAAAGAGUUUGUUCUGGAGAAGAGGCUAAAGAAGCACUCAAGGAAACAUAUAGGACGUAGGUUGCAGGAUGAAAAGAAAAGGAGAAGAGAGCAAGCUGUAAUGGAAAUGGAGCUUGAGGAACAAGAAAAAAGGAGAUCGGAGGAAAAAGAGAGGCUUGAUGAUAAGAUGUCAACAAGUAAUCAACACCCAAAUACUGCGACGCCUCAAGGAUCCCCCAAAAAAGAGCCAUUACAAAAAAGCAGAACCAGAGCUCAAGGGCCACUACCCUGCCCAUUUUGUGGCAAAGUUUUUGCUUGGGAAAUGCGGCUAUUGAUGCACAUGCAGAUUCAUUGUGGUGAGAAACCUUAUGCCUAUCGGCAGCGUGAGAGACGUUUUUAUGGUGACCCGAAAAGGGGCCAGCUCCCGAAAAUCCAUAAUCAGGAGCCUUCGGGGGACAAAAGUGAUGAGUCUGGAGAAUCUGGGAGUGAAGAGACGGUGAAUAAGGACAGAUCUGCACAUCUGGGCAGCAGUGCAACCCAUGCAGUGUCUGGAGCUCUCGCAAGCAGUAUUGAGACCACUGUACCAGAGAACCAUACUGGCAGCCUUUUACCUCAGAGAGCUAUUGAGCAGCCUACCACCUCUCACAAGAGUAAUCAAAGAACCAAACCCGAACUGCUCAGUGACAUCACAAGCCACUUCAGUUUGCAGCCCAGGAUUGUUCUACAACCAAUUAUGACUGAAUACAAAUAUUGGAGCUCAGUGCCUCGGGUAGCUGACUUGAAAUCAGGUUGCUCUGAAAAAAGUAGUGGCUUUGAUCACAAACAAACCUCAUACUCAGUUUUGGUUGAUGAUGAAAUGGUGGAUGCUGUGGAAGAUAAAAUUGUGGAUUCCAAUCUUUGCACAUUGCCAUUGGAAUUCUCUAGUCAUGGCAUCCAGAACAAGCCUGAAAUAUGCCACACUGGUAAUCCUGAGACAGAAGUAGUCUUUGUGGAGGCUGGAUCUCCACAGCGUGAUUCGGAAGUAGAGCUUGACAACAUUGGGGGGCCACUGGCCUUUGAAUCUCCUGAGGGAAAAAACGUGGAGAAUCAACAAAAAGAUGACCACAACUUUAAUUUUCCUGGUGUUUCAGACAAAACAGCCAGAAACCAGGUAUCAGUUAUAGUAAUAGAUGACGAAGUAGAGCAGUCAAAUGCAAGAACUGCUGCUGAAAAUGCUCUGUCUGAAUGUGGAAGAACGAAGUGUGAUUGGAAGUGUGAUUGUAAGAACAUUUCUGCUAUGAAAUUAACAGUCAUGCCAGAGAGUAGCAUUUUACAAUCUUUGUUCAAGGAAACUAGUUCUGGCACCAUUCAGAAGAACAUUGACUCAAAAUUAGUUUGUGUUGUCCUCUCAGAUAUUGAAGACAAUGUUGAUGAAGAUGUGUCGAGUCCCUCCAAAGGUUUAGAUAAAAAGAAAACAGCCUCUGUUCCUAGCAUUCAAAAUGAACAAUUAGAUGUGGGGAGCAAAUCUGGCAAAAAUCCCUCCAGCAACUCCAACUUUCCAGCUCCAGAUGCAACUGAACCCACCAAAUCUUCACAACUUACUGAUGAUCAGAGUAUCUCAAAUGACCCACUCAGAGACCAGAUGGCCUUUAAUGCCAUCAGACAAACAGAGGACAGGCCCAUGAGUUCAAAGGAGAGAAUAUCAUGUCAAACAUCUGAUAUGGUAUUUGCUGGUCAAGAGUCUCUGUCGGAAGUUCAUGCUGACAAGAAACUGCUAGACAUGAAGAUUACCGAUGGCUGUGAGAGAAAAAAUAAGAAACUGGGUCUGAACAACCAGAUGUCAGAAUCUGUUCUGGAUGAUUCAGCUAACAACUUUGAAAUCUCAGGGACAAAUGAACCUUCUGUACAAAAUGUGAAAACUUGUGAGUUACUUGUGAAAAGCUCUGAAGAAUUUGAAAUGCCCUUAUUCACACCCCAUCAAACCUCUGAUGGUAGAUGCCAGACUGCAGUGAGCAGUGAAGAACAAAAAAAAGGAAAGCAAGCACUAUAUUGUCGGUUUUGUGAGAAGGCAUGUAAAAAGAUAGAACUGCACCUAAAGUGUGAUCACGCAAAAGAACCUGAAGUGGUAAAAGCUUUAAAUCUUGACACAGACUGUAAAGAAAGGAAACGGUUAUUGAGCAGUUUUGCUAUUAAAAAGAACUUCAACCAAGCUAGAGAUUCUAGAAUCGAUUGUGAUGAAGAUAUUGUUCACUGUAUUUUUUGCCACGAGUCUUUUCAAUGGAACAAAUUUCGGGAGCAUGCACUUAUAUGUAAGCACAACAUGAAUCCAGCUGCAUCCAGCAAAUCUCAGGAAUUGUUUGAUGCAGAAUUGGGAAAUCUUGCUCCAGGCACUAUCAGCUUCUCCAGACCUUUAGAGCCAACUAAUGCUCCUGUGUCAAAUCUCUCAGAUUUACACGAUCACCCUAUUCCAGAAACUAGGAUAUGUGAGGUGAAGGAGAACCAUACUUUAGUGUCAGAUCGUCCCCAAAUUCUGUGCACUACUGACAGCCCAGCACAGAAGGUUUGUGAUCCGAAAUCCUCAAGCCCUCCUAAUCAUGACUCUUGCCAGAGUGCUGCUCUAAAAACCAAUUAUCCAGAAGUGAAGGAGCCAACUGUUUCUAACAUUGACGGCAGCAUACCUCAAAUUGAUCUUGAUACACAAUCAUUAAAGCCAUCUGUUCUAGAUUCUUGCCAGUGUUCUGCAAUACAUCCUCCUCAUUUGGAAUCUUCAUUUAGUACAUCAUGGAACCCUGAUGUGAAGAUACUAGAACCUCCCAUACUAGAUUCCUGUCAAACAAUACGAGUCGUAGAAUCUACAGUUCCAACCCUUCCUAUUUCAAACACUGGUUGCAGUGUUCUUCAGCAGUCCCUUAUAAAACAAACAGAUCAUCCCAGAAUUGUGAACCAGCCAUCUUCUUCAGAUCCAGAGGUGUCUUGUGAUUUAGAACCUGAUGGUUAUUCUUCUUGUGGUACUGGGUGUUGUGACAGCCUUCAGCUCUCUUCAAAACCAAAGGACCCUUCAAGUCCUGUACCCUUAAACUCUUCUUCAAAAUGCAAUGCAGAUUCAAAGUGUACUCUUAAGCUAGCUGUGUUUGAUAAUACGUAUUUGGGCACUAAUGAGACAGAGCAAACCCAAGAUUCAGAUGUAGAAAGGAACAUCUUCAUGGUCUCAGGCAGCUCUGAUGUGCAUCUAGAACCUGAAAGUCACCAUACUCCAGAUCCUAAUAGCUAUAAGGCUGAACAAACCCAGUGUCAGCAGCCUGAAAGUAUUGAAAAUCCAGAUGCUGACAGGAGUGGGAAUCAGCCAACAGCUGAUCUAGAAUUAAAGUCAGUUCCUUCUGUUCAAGAAAUCAAAUCCAGAGCCAUAGGACACAUGUCCUACCUUAAAUUCCAAGGGUGUGAUCUUCAAGAAGACCCUGAGAAGAUCACUGAUGAGAAUGGCAAUGAUUGUGCUGUUGAAGUUCAACAUGACUCAAGCAUAUCAGUGACAAGCAAGCAAAAGAGAAAAAGAGUCUACCAGAUCGGCCUUCUGAAAGAGGAGUCAAAGAAAAGUUGUCCAAGUUCUCAUUCCCAAGGUCCUGGAUGCCAAACCAAUUCCACUGAUGAAAACUCCAGCGUAUUCAAGAUACAUCACUGCUUUUACUGCAAGCAGCCACAUAAUAGAAUGAUGGAUCAUCUUCAGUCAGUUCAUCCUAAUGAACCAGAGGUGGCAGAAGCUCUUACCUUUGACAAGAGCUCACAAGAAAGGAAACAACUUUUGAACCUUCUACAAACUAGGGAAAAUGUUCUACACAACACAAAUGUGGUUCAAAGUAGUAAACAAGAUUUAAAACCAUUUGGGAAGUUUGCAUUGGAGUGCUCAUUUGAUGAUAGUGUUUAUUGCAUCUACUGUUUAGGGUUAUUUAACAAGAAGUCUUUUGUUUCACAUUUAGAGCAGUGCAAGGGCAAAUCUACUCAAAGUGCUGAGGAUACCUGUGGUGAAAUGCUUCCUAAUGCUGGGCCCAUUCCUCCAGCUCCUACACUUGUUUCCCCCUCUCGUCCAGAAGAGAUUGAUGCCAAUAUAGAACCAUCAGGUUUUCAUUGCAUAAAUACCAUCUAUGAAACAGAUUUCAAAAAUGAACAAGGACGUUCUUCCCUUCCAGACCUCAGCUGCAAUGUAGAGCAACCAGACAUCUCAAGUCCAAAUGAUGAAGUUAGAAACAGUAGACAGGCAGAGGAUGCCUUUUUACAAUUCAGGCAUUCUCCUGAAAAUGAAGUAGGUUACGAAUUGAAGUCAGGUAAUUCUCCCAAUCCAAGCACUGGUAAAGAUUCAACAGACUGUAAGAAUGAAGGAGCAAGUCUCCCAAAGUGUGAUGUUGAUCAAGAAAGGGCAAUGACACCAACGUCAGACACCAGUCCUCACCCAGAAUAUGAUGUUCUCAGAAAUCCAUGUGAUGAUUUCAGUCCACCUGAAAAUGCCCAAACUGUGUCUGAUGACACACACAAGAGUAGCGUGAAAGCCCAAACUUGUGGAACAGGGAAGAAGAGGAGCAAGAGGCGCUCACAUGUCCAUAAUCAGCCACUGAUCAUGGAUGAUGACUUGCUGGGUGAAGGAGAGAUGUCCAGCUCACAACUACAUGUCUGCCAGCACUGCAAGGAAACUUUCGGCAGUCCAUACAUGCUGCGCAGACAUGAAUACACUCACACAGGGGACACACCAUCUAGUGCAUACCAGGAAAAACUGAAAAGGGCAAAGAGAUUAAUUCAAGAUGGAGAGACGUCAAUGAGGGAUGACGCUAGUAUAGCGCCAUCAACAAAGAGUCCAGAAGAUUUACCAAAUGCUGUUACAGAUGACACAGGGGGAAAAGUUGCAGACACAAAGCAAGAUGCUUUUGUUUUAGACACAGAGGAGAGAGAGAGUUCCACUUUGAAGAAGCAGGACAGCAAAGUCAAAGACUAUGACACGGAUUGCGAGAAGAUAUUGUUUACAUCUUAGUGUUAUGUUUUUUAAAAACAUUUGUUUGUUUUUUUAAAUAUGUUUGACAAUGUUGUCUCAAUCUAAUGGGUUCAGUACUUUUACAGAAUGAUUAAUUUCAGCCUGCUGUAUUGGACAGAUCAUAGCAUAUGUUUAUUAAUUAACUCCAGAUUGAGAAUAAAAAAAGUUAGAGAACUCUAAA